AUGAUCUCCGUCUACGUCCGGUCGGGGGACGUCUCCGCGGCUGCGCAGGUGCUCGGCGAGAUGGACGUCACGCCCACCGCCUCCUGCUUCAACUCGGUGAUCGCGGCGGUGGUCGAGUCCGGGGAGCGUACAGCCCGUGCAGUCGAGCUCUACCGCCGAAUGCAGGGUAUGGGCGUCAAGCCCUCGCUCAUCACCCUGCUGGCGCUCGUCCCCGUGUGCACGGCGCUUGGCGCUCUGAGUUCGGUCAGGGAGGUGCACGGCUUCGCGGUGCGGCACGGCAUGUUCUCGAGCUGCCAUCUCGGCAGCUCCCUCGUCGAGGCGUACGGGCGGUGCGGCUCUUUGGUCGGCGCGCAGAGGGUUUUUGACCUGGUGAACGAGCGUGACGUGGUUGUCUGGAGCUCCAUGGUGUCGGCGUACGCGUUCCAUGGCCAUGGAGACGUUGCAAUGUCGCUUUUCAGGCGUAUGGAGCUGGAGAAGGUCCGGCCUGAUGGCAUCAUGUUCCUCGCCGUGUUGAAGGCCUGCGGCCAUGCUGGUCGCGCAGAUGACGCUUUGAAGUAUUUCGAUGUGUUAACCAAGACAUAUGGAGUGGAAGCAUGCGGAGAUCAUUAUUCGUGCUUGGUUGAUGUCUUGGGACGGGCAGGGAGGUUGCAUCAGGCCUAUGAUGUUAUCCGGACGAUGCCGGUUAGAGUUACCGCAAAGGCCUGGGGUGCUCUCCUUGCUGCUUGCAGGAAGUAUGGGGAGGUGGGGCUGGCAGAAGUUGCAGCGAGAGCGUUGUUUGAGAUUGAACCAGAGAAUGCAGGGAACUUUAUUUCGCUUGCCAAUAUCUAUUCGGGCUUGGGUAUGCAUGAGGAGGCACAGCGGGUGAGAAGGGACAUGGAGCAACGAGGCUUGCAGAGCUCACCUGGAAGCAGUUGGACGAUACACCGCAAGUCAAGUGAACUUGUCUGA